GUGUUCAUUCAGACUGAACAAAUCCUUUACUUUAGACCAGCUGCUUAAUCAGGGAUUUGUUCGAUCUGUUGGCAGGAGCAGUACAGGUAUUUGAUGGACAUGCCAACACAGCUUGAGCACAGCAGUAGUUCAGCUUGAGCACAAAAUGUGUUAGAAACAUAUAGUUAGAUAUUUGCAAUUUAUACUUUUAAAUACCUUUAAUUUAAUAUUCCUUUUUGAUCAGUGCUGUGGAAAUAAUUCACAUGCCAGUUAUUUACUAUUAUAUUGAAUUUCAUGGUAAUGAAUACUGAAUUUUAAACAUUUUCAUGAAAUACAUUUUCUGUUUCCCCAAGAACUGUGUUCAUGUCAGUAUGAUGAUGAGAAAAACAAUAUUACGCUAUCAUUGACACAGAAAACAGAAUUUUUCAUUUUUAUUAUUAUUGUGGACAUUGUCUUAUCCCAUAUUAACUAGGAAAUACGAGAAUGCCCAGAUAAAAGAUGGCUGCCAAACAAACUGACACACAUUUCAAGCCUUCCUCAUUCCCUUAUGUUCCCUUUCUUCCAGCGAGAGUAUAAAAUGUUUGCUUCCAGCAUAAAGUGUAUCCCAAAAUUUACUGCAAAGCGAGGUCACACAAGACUCAAUCAAUGUCCAAUGUGGCAAAUGUGUGUUGAAGUAAAAAAUAACUGAGGUCAAGUUCAUAAAGGUAAAAUAACUCUUUAUUUUCUUUGGCUUGUCUUGCAGUUAAUGUGAGGCUGUGGUGGAUUUAAAAAUGAGCAAGAGGGGGAGGAGGAGAAACAGCAAAAGGAGGAAGAGCUCCAGCAGCAGUAAACAGAGUGUCUCACCAUACAUCUUUCAAAAUCAGAACAAGAUUACCAGUGUCAGCUACAAAGAUGAUAUCGUUGAAAAGGGUGAAACAGACUCUCUUCGAAAGGAAAAUGUUCUGUCCAGAUUUGAAGAUGAGGAGAAAUGCAAGAAUGCUCCACCCAGUGAGAAAAGAUUUAAACAAGAUUAUCAUGUGAAUUCAUUUCCAAACCAAAGGAGUAUUUAUACCAAAACAACAGAGGACACAGAGAACGGAGUGAAGAUAGUAACGUCGGUUUCUGUCAAUGACAUGGAAGAUUCCUCCCCAAAGAUCAUGUUUCAGCAGUCACAUGAACCCUUAACUGAAAAUCCAACUCACUCAUCAACACCAGUUACUAACAUCAUUAAAAUUAACUUCUCCGGGUCACAUGUGAAACUUGAAAUUCAAGAAAUUCUACAACUCAAUACUUCUGGCAUGAAGACCACGUUUGUUUUCGUGAAUGAAAAGGAAGACUGUGCUGAAACCUUUUUUAAUAGCAAAUGUGAGAGGACAUGGAUACCAUACAAUGAGUCAUCUGAGCAGCCAUCACAAGAUGUGACCAAUCACAAUGGAAAUCAAAAUACAAAUUACAGAUUUACCUUUGGCAGCAUGAGUGAACAAACAGAGGCUCAUAGUGAUUCAAAUUCUAUCAGUCUAACAAAGACAUGGGACAAUCCAAACUACUCUCAAUGCCGCAGUGAUUACAAACAACAAAUAUCAACAGACAUUAUGUUGGCAAAUUAUCCAUCAAGCCCACCACCGCUGUUAAAUAUCAAACCACAAGGGAAGAGGAAACAUUUUCACAAAAGCUUCAGUAGUGAUCAGUUCUGGGACAUUCCUCCACCCCGAAAGUUUGCAGAAAUGAAAUAUAACACUUUAGAGGACCUAACAUGUGCCCUGGCUUCUUGUAGGAUUGGUGUGUGUAGUCCUGCUGACAAACAGCAAAGGGAAUUAACCUACAUAACUGAUAAUCAAGAAUCUGGAUGCCCAUGUUCUGUAGAAGCAGAGGAAAGAGCAGAUCUGGCACCUUUGUUUGAUCAGUUAUCAGAAACUGACAACUAUGAGCCCAUGCUCAUGAUACCCUCCCUGUCUACUAACAGGUCCAGCUUCACCAAAGAUUUCAUCAACUGUGAAAAGAGAAAAUCCUGGAUUAGAAACAACAGUACUGCCACUGUAGUACACAGAGCAUGUUCGUUACCAAAGAAAAGACGCCAAACAUUUCCAGGGAUGUCACAGGGUUUGGGAUUGAUGCAGGAGGAUUUUCUGCUGCCCUAUAGUGAAUCUUUUUCCUCAGUCAUGACAAUAACUGUUGGUGCACUCAAACAAACAUUCCGGCAGAUGGACUCAAUAUUGUCACUGGGUAGUUGUAUGGAAAAACACUUUAGAACUGCUUUGGAAGAUGCCUGCAUGUCCCCUUUGCAGGACAUGGAUGUACAUUCAUUAAACACAAAUGAAGUUACAGAGGGGACUGAACCUAAAUCAUUUGGUGAAAAAACAGGAAAUACCAGCUCUUCUCUGUCACUGAUGAUUGAGGAGACAAAUGAUCUGCAACUGAACACAGGAAGAAGGGGUACAGACGAUUCAGACAAACCUGCAGUCACUGCAUCAUGUCCUGCCAAAGGUUCUACAGACACAGAAAUCCACUCAAAAGAGCAGCUCAGAAAAAGUGAGAUGGCAGACAAACAGAUUGUAUCCAGAUCUACCUUAGAGGCCAAAGAGCAUCUGAAGCAUGUGGUUCAUAAAGACCCAGACAGCAGUGGCUCUGACCACUGGGCCAAGAGGCGAAAGCUCUUUAAGGAGAGCAAGCAGUGGAGCUCUGCUGGAGGAAGCUCAAUUACAAGUGACAUCACAGAGGAAACAGUAUCAGAAGACACUCGCUUUGUGGACAUGACAGUUCGAGACAAUGAAGAUAGGGGCUUUUAUACAGAGACUUUCCACUCUUCAGCAUGGAUUUACCAAGGUGAUGAUGUAGGCUCAGGGGCCAUUCCUCCCAGCCUCAACACCAGAACUCGAGCUGUCUCAAUUCGUGAGAGGACUGUAAAGAUCAGCAAAGGGACAGGAGAGUAUCCUUGGGGCUUUCGAAUACAGUUUUCUAAACCUAUUGCUGUUACAGAGGUCGACACAAAUGGGGCUGCUGAGGAAGCAGGGUUAAUGGUAGGAGACUAUGUCCUAGCUGUCAAUGGAACCGAUGUCACCAGCAUUCCUCAUUCUGAGGCUGCUGAUUUGGCUAGGCAAGGUCCAGAUGUUCUAACUUUGACCAUUGGGUCAGACAUUGCUCGUUGUCCUAACACCCCCAGACCAGCAUGUCGUGGUUAUCUUCAUAAGCGUACCCAGUCUGGUCUGAUUAAAGGCUGGAGGAAGAGGUGGUUUGUGCUCACACAUGACUGCUGCCUUUACUACUACAGACACAAACGGGAUGAAGGCAAGAGGCGGGCUUUGUCAGCAGUAAAGCUGGAAGGGGCUGAGGUGGGACCAGAUAUUUCCCUAGGAAAGCCCUUUGUGUUCAAGUGCCGCCCACAGUUUGGUAAUCGAGUGUACUUCUUCUGUGCCACUUCCAACCAGGAGAUGAAAAGGUGGCUGGAAGUUAUGGAGAAAGCUAUCCAUCCCAUCACACAGAACCACGUGUGGGUGGAUGUCACCAGACACAACUCUAAUCUGCCCCCACUGGCUGUGAAAAACCCAGAGUGUCUUGGAUUGCUUCAUAAAAUGGACAAAAACAAGGACAUGUGGGUACAGCACUACUGCAUUCUGAAGGAUGGUUGCCUCUCCUUGUACAGCGGUAUCCGUGCAACUCAUGCACAUGGAGGGAUCUACCUUCAGGGGUACAUGGUGCGAGAGCAGCCCUAUGGAUCCAAGAAAUCCACCAUUGAGCUGAAACCUCCGUCUGAUGAGUUCAAGACCUUCCAUCUCUGUGCUGAAAAUCCUAAUGAGAAUAAACGAUGGAUCAUUGCUAUCAAAGCUUCAAUAAAGAAAUGGCUGCCUUUACAUCAGGUGCUUCAGGAUUACAUGAAUCAACCACCAGAAGAGACCAGAAUGUGAGGCACCGUGUACUCUGUAAAUACUGACAGCAGUCUGACUCAACCUGUGGACCACAAGAUGAGCCUUCUGUUCUGCAGAUUACUGCACUAUGUUCCCUGGGCAGCCACUUUGUCAUGGAGGAUAAUUUCACUCAGGAAAUUCCUGCUGCUAGAGAGAAUUAGGCCAUAGUUAGUAGUGCCCUCAAUCCAUGCCUCCUCAUUUUCAUACAGUUCAAGAGUGAAAUGGUAAACUGCAAAUGGCAGUGCAAUGUGCAAAUGCGAGGGACGAGAACAAACACAGAAAAACUACUUUAUAUUUUUCCGACAUUGUUUUCUUUUCCUUUUGUCAUACAAUUUUUAAUUUUAGCAUUUCCAUGUGUACAUCUAUGACCUAAUGAUCCUUAGAUCAAAAAUAAUUUACCAUUGUGUCUUGUUCUGUUCCAUUUUUUUCUUUGAGAAAUUAUCCUUCGCACUUUCUGCAUUUCUAUCGAUUAACAACAUCUACUAGCACUUUACAUAAGCAGUCAGAAGACUGGACUAUUUGGGACAUUUGGAUUGUGCCAUAAGGUUUUCAAAAUAAGAUUGGGAAAGUCAUGAAACUACUUCUUUACUGUGUUCAUUGUGCUGCAUGUAUUUUAAUUCAUAACCAAACAUUUAGACAAUUCCUUAAAGUGAUUCUGAGAUUGAGACUAACAACAGGCCCAAUGAAAAUACUGAAGAUAUUGAUUACACCAGCUUGUUGACUCAUUGCCCACUAACCGUGUUGGUCUUUUUGCAUGUCUUUUCAAUGCGCCUCAUACUGUAUUACUGUACUCUGUAUUACUGUGUAUUUUUGCUACACUGUAAACUCACUUUUAGAAUAUAUAUGUUCUCUCAUGCUUUUGAUACUGCUUUUACUCACUGCAUAACAGAUAGUAAUGCGUCAAUGUGUUAGCCAAAUCCUGGGUUUAUGUCUGCUACUUAAAUGUAAUUACUAUUCAUUGCCUAGAACUGCUAACAGAGUGUACAAAAUAUACACAAAAUAUACCUCAGUUGCAUAUCUGAGCAAAGUAACAUUGAUUGAAUAACAAUGUGAAGUUCUCAAUUUUGUUUUAAAACAAUUCUCACAUGGCCAUAUAUGUAUAUUGAGAGAGUUAUUGGUUGUCGUAAUCAUUCCUCCUGUCCAUACUCGCUAUGAUGAGAUCCCUUCCUAAUGCGAUUCCAACAUAAGUGAUGGAUGACAAAAUCUGCAGUCCUCUGUCUAUGCAAAAUUGCAUUUCAGUAUUCAGCAAAAGCUAAUGUUGACUCUCUUAAUGUACAUGUGAGUAUUGUUUUAAGACAGACUUGAAGAAAUGUGAAUCAUUGUGUGUGUGAAUGUGUGAUCCUUUAAGACUUCACUUAAUAAAAGGGUUUUCAUACUACA